AUGACUAUAACAUUUAUACCUGGAGAAGUGAACAAAAGCAAUUAUUCUGUUGCUCAUUCGAAUUGGAAGAACCACCACAUUGUAGCGUAUGGUUCUGGGAACAACUUGAUAAUUACUGGUGGCACAGUACAGCCAACCAACAAAAACCCCAAUCCAUUUAAUAUAGACAAGAGUUUACAAACAAUAUAUUUGGAUAGAGAUCCUCUGGCUAUUGAUAUCAAUCCCGUAAAUGGAUACAUAAUAGUUUCCAUAGACACCAAAAUACUCGUCUACAAGCCAAUGAAUGAAUACAUGAAAAUACCUAAAUGGCAACUGAGUAUUGAAAUUGACGUCAAUGGGUCUACAAUAAAUUGUAUUAAAUGGGCAUCAGAGGAAAACGAGAUUGUUGUAGGAACAGAUUCGGGAUUAUACUUGUUUUAUUUGUAUGAAGAAUAUGGGGAAUUGAAAUAUAGAAAACGAUGGGAAACAAUCCAAGUUAGCCCUGUGACUGACAUAAUAGUCACACCCAAUUCAAAAAUGAUAAUGACGAAAAGUGGGUCCUUCGAUAGGCUAAUUAAAGUCUGGACAAGAAUUAGCUAUGGUGAUGAAAACACUUUGUUUGAAGUUACCUAUUUACCACACCCACGGGGCACAUUUGUGAUGGAUUAUCAUUUGAAAAAACAAAUCACUGAAGACAAAAAGAAGGAGCUUGAUGCAUCAAUGGCCAAUAUUAAAAAUAUUAGAGACUAUAUAAAUAAUACAAUAGACGAAGCUGAAGUUAUCUAUUCGUUUUGUUCAGACUACAAGUUUAGAGUGUGGGCUUCAUGUGAACAAAGUGGUCAUAAUCAGAUAAACAAUUGGGCCACCCUUGAUUUAAAUGGAGUUUUCCUGAAGAUCACUACAGUUAUUGUGAUAGAGAAUUAUCAUUUACGUGAAACGUUGAUUCCUGCUUUGAAGAACAGUGAUUGCACGUUAUUCAACGGGUUAGAUGUUAAUGAUUUGGAUUUAUUGUUUGUCGUAUCAGAUACUACAGAAGUAAAGAUUUAUGCCAUCACAAAUGUGUCACAGUGCCCACCGACCAAGAUUUGUUUUACACCAAUAUCAGGGAGUUACCGUUUUGGAAAAAAUGAAUAUCCAUUGAUCCACAUUCAAGCGAAAACAGAGGAAAUAUCAACCAGCUAUAUUGAAUCAGAAGAGUUUAUUACCACUGUAUUGAAACCAUUAUUGGUGAAAGGGGUUUGUAUAUUAAAUGAAAGAGUACCCUAUCUUACAUUUUUACUACAUGAUAGAGUUAAGAACACAUUGAGGUUCAAUAUCAUGAAUAUUGCAAGGCUAGCACGUGACGCGAAAUUUGAGUCUGUAUUGAUAAAUAAAUACCAGGGCCACACCAAGUCAAUUAGAAAAUUGGUCAAGUCAAACUCGUCAUUCUCGCAAAACAAUGUAUUGCUAUCAAUUCUGAACUUCCCUCAACAUAAUUAUAUUUGGGAACCAAUGUUGCUCCAAACCAAUACCAUGUCAGUAACUAAAAGAUUCCAGAUAAAUGUGGAGUCAGGUAUAUUGAAUGCUGUAAUAAUCAAUGAUGUAGAGCCACCAGUAGAUUGGAAACGAAGACACAUUGUUAUUACCGCAGGCAGGAAUAGCGAAGUUAGUGUUUGGGAUUGUAAUGGAUCAACUAAUGAUGAUCAACCGGCAGAUUUAAUUACCGAGAUCAAAACUGGCGUUGAAAAAGAGCCAUUGGUAUUUGUUUUAACUGAGUACCCUGAUAACACACAGAUACAAAGGAGGUAUUGUAUUGUGGCAUUAUAUGCCCACGAUCAAAUCAAAUCUUGGAAGCUUUCUUUGCAAUAUGAACAGAAUAAGAUAACUGAUAUAUUAUUCGAUGAAGAAAACAUAGCAUCACUUCCUCAGGAGGAAGAGAUUUAUCAAGCAACUGCUGUGGAUGCGUUUGUAUCCGAGGCAAACAAAAGUUUGAUUGCGGUAAUUUCCAAAAAUGGAUUAUUGAGGAGCUAUUCAUUGGAUUUUGGCAAGUCUAUUAAAUGGGAAAAAGUUAGUGAACUCGAAACAAAUGUUUCAGCUGCUAGCAAGAUUCAUGGUUCAACUGUUAUUAACAAAUUUGCUGUGGUGGAUUCCACUGGUUAUAAAUUGUCAAUAUGGGAUGUCGUGCAAGGGGUGUUAGAAUAUGAAGAGACUUUCCCGGAAUCAAAUGGGCCGGUUACGGAUUUAGACUGGACAUUUCUUAGUGCAUCAAAGAUGAAACUGACCUCUAAUGCUCUUUUAUCUGUUGGAUUUAGUCGUUUUGUGUUAUUGUACACUCAGUUACGUUACGAUUAUACUAAUAAAAUCCCCGCCUAUGCGAUAUUGAAGAAAAUUGACAUUUCAGAUUAUACAUCACACGAGAUUGGCGACCUGAUCUGGCUAGAUGGAGGUUACUUGAUCAUUGGAGCUGGUAAUCAAUUUUUCAUUGAUGAUAGAUGGGUGAAAUUAGGGUCCAGUGCGAUUGACAGUACCAUACGUCAAUUGAUGAGUGGAUACACAAAUGAUGAUGAAGAAAUGGUGUUUGAUAUUUCUUAUUUAGUUAGAGUGCUUAAUGGUCCAUUACCAAUCUUCCAUCCACAAUUUGUUAUACAAGCUUUGUUUAUUAUGCAGUUUACCGCGGUCAAGAAAAUUCUUGUACAAUUGUUUCAAGUGAUUCGAAGAGGAGAUAUUAUCACGUGGGAUUUGAACACCGAUGUUGAGAAUAUGUUUCGUAAUGAUGAAAUAUAUCAACCUAAACGAAGAAUGUCAUUAACAUUGGAUACAUUCACCGAGUUUAACAACGAGGUGGCUGAUUUAUUGAUUGAAAGACUUAUGAAGAUCUCUUUACCUUUGUUGACUCGACACCAACAAUCGACUUUGAUAUCCACAAUAUCUAUAGUUAAAGAUUUUACCAAAGAUAUGUUGGUAGAAUUGGAUCCCAAUGGAAUUAGAUAUUUAAUUCUGUUGAAAUUAUCCAGUACUGCAACAGCUACAUCAACUACUUCGGCCACUACAAAGAAACGGUUAGCUCAAAUUCAAUGGGCCAUGAUGUGUAAGACUCCUGACAUUUUACUAGAACAUGUUAUUAAGCAUUAUGGAGGCAAAAUUAAAUGGAAGGAAAUGAAGGAUAGUGGUAUGCCAUUCUGGGUAGAACGAAGUUCAUUUAUUAAACUAUUUGAAAAAAUGGCGGCUUUAGAAUUCAAGGAUGCACCAUUGGGUAGAAUUUGUUUAUAUUAUCUUCUGUUGAAGAAAAAAGAUAUUUUGAUUCGAUUAAUCAAACAUAAAGAUGAUAAAGAAAAGAAUAAGAUUAUUGGCUUUAUGCAAAAAGACUUUACGCAAGCUUCAAAUAGAUCUUCAGCUUUGAAAAAUGCUUAUGUUUUAUUAGGAUUGCAUCGAUAUUUGGAUGCGGCAUAUUUUUUCUUGUUGGCUGAUGCUGCUAAAGAUUGUUGUAGGAUACUUGCAGAUAAAGUUGAUCCUGACCUUGCAGUUGCUGUUGCCAAAGUAUAUGGGGUUGAAGAUAUAGCCGAUAAUCAGUUGCUGAUUUCAAACAUGGAGUAUUUACACGAUCCAAUUCUUUUGUUGAACAGUGAAAGUUUUUACAAAUCAGGGUUAUCAGAGACCCUUAUUAGAAUUUGUAUGAUUUACACAAGAAUGGGGUGUGAUUAUAUUGCAUUGGAAUUAUUGAAAAACUGGAAGUUUUCUGAUAAGUAG